UAUAAAAUCUGUGUAGUCGCCAGUGCCGACGCCACAACUUGUGGAACUUGCGUACAUAAUAUCUUUAGUAGCGAGCGUGGAGGGCGAUGGGUGAUGGCAUGGCGUAGUGCCGCCAUGGGGGCUGCUGGGGCGCCACUGGCGGCGCUGCUGGCCGCGUUCAUCGCCGCCACAGCGGCGAGUGCGCCCACGCAGGAACCCGUACAGUUCGAAGCAGCUUUUCAAGGGCGAUGUGGCGAGGGUAGUCCAUGCGAACAGCUUUGUCGUGAGCUGCACGACGGCACAUACGAGUGCGGUUGCAGUUCGGGCUUCGUGCUGCACGUCAACGGUUAUGGCUGCCAAGGAGAAAAAUCGAAGGAAGCUGAUGGAUUAAGGAGUUUGCUGGAAGAUGGAGUUAGCAAAAUUGACCUGGACAUCAUUACUGAUGACAGGGAUGAUGUAGAAGAGCUGAAGGUCACAACUCUUGGGCCCAGUUUAGAACAGAAAGUACCGGGCGUGACGGAAACUCCACCUUGGACAGCCGCCGUGGACUCCUGCGAUUGCGCAGCCUGCGGCGGACAGCGCUGUGCUUGUCCGCUUAGCGCCAGCUGCAAAACUGAUACGAAAGUAACAACUCCCCGUUUUUCCGGGACAUCAUGGCUAGCGUUACGCGCUUUACGUGGGGCUUAUAAGCGCGUGCGCGUGCGACUUCGCGUACGGCCUGAACGCGCUCGCGGCGUGCUGCUACUGACGGGCGAGCACGACGAUUUAUCCGGCGACUAUUUGGCAUUACUACUAAGAAAUGGACAUGUUGAACUUAGAUUUGACUGUGGCAGCGGCGCUGGUAUCCUCCGAUCUCCAGAACCUGUCCGACUCGGCCACUGGAACACCAUUUCGGUAUACCGACACCGAUGGGAUGCUUGGCUGAGGCUGAACAACGGCAAGCGCGUCCGGGGACGGUCCAAGGGUCUUUUCUCCCGGAUGACCUUCCGAGAACCAGUCUGGGUGGGUGGGGCUGGCAACACCACAGGUCUUCAAAGCAAGCUUGGUUUGUCGGACGGACUGCUAGGGUGCGUGGACUUCCUGAGGAUUAACGGAGACACGUAUCGAUUGGUGCAAGAUGCUGUUGCGACUUUGGAUAUUGGUGAAUGCGCCCCAACUCUAGCACCCUGGAAGGCAACCAAUGAGAUAACGACUAGUGAAACCAUCCACCGCCAUCGCAACGAUAUCAACAAUCACGCCAUCUAUGACAUAAACGACAUCGUCCAUUUUGAAGAUAAUGAUCUUGUAAUGCGUGAUUCGAAACACGAUAAUAACCGCCUGGAUAAUUCUGUUGAACAAUUUAAAAUUACUAAUAAAAUUACAAAAAUGCAAUUAAAAGAUGAUGGUAAAAGGAAUGACGUAAUCAAUGACGUUGAUAAUGAAUCAAAAGGUGAUGAGAUAGCCAGGAUGCAAGAGGAUAAUAAAUGCGAAUGCCAACAUGGCGGCGGAUGUGUCGGCAAAGUUUGUCUAUGCCCGCUUGGAUAUGCUGGAAAGAGAUGUGAAAUUACUUUGGAUCUGAAGGUGCCUCGUUUCAACGGCUCUUCAUACCUUCGGCUGCCUGGGCUCGGAAACUCCGCGCAAGCGUGGCUGGAUAUACAGAUAACCUUAAAACCGACGAACGGCGACGGCCUGGUGCUGUACAAUUCUGAGCAUGCGAGUGGCGAUGGGGAUUUCUUCUCGCUUCAUUUAAGGAACUACUUCAUGGAAUUCGCCUUUGAUCUUGGGUCAGGCAUUGCUCUUGUCAGGUCAGCCUACCCUCUGGAACCGAACACCUGGCACAGAAUUUCAGUAAGCCGUUCCGGUCGCCGUGCCUCUCUUCGAGUCAGAUCGUCAUCCACUCGUGACAUGACGGACACAACCCGGUCGGUUACAUCACGCGGCACAGCCAGACAUCUGACGUUGAAGCAACCGAUGUUGCUGGGCGGAGCACCUCAUCCUUUGCCCGCUAGACUAGCAUUGAAGAGUUCGUUUAGUGGUUGUGUUGGACAGUUAGUGAUAAACGAUGAAGAACUGGCGGUCGUCUCUUCGGCGCUCGGCGGUGUGAACGUUGACAAUUGUGAGGAACCUCUGAAUGAUACAUGCGGUGACAAGAAUCUCUGCAAAGAAAAACUGGAACCAAUGCCCAUAUACCCUCAAAACAUAUCCGAAAACGACGUUCACCAUUCAAUAGUGCCUAAAAAAGGAUUCAAACCUAGAUCGCACAAAAUUAAAACCAAAAAGCACGCCGUACAUAACCAUGUUGAGAAAUUUAAAAAGAAGAAAUUCUACGCCAGUAAAAAACAUCAAUAUUUAACAAGCAUUGAGAGAAAUAACGACGUUGUGACCGAGAAGCCUGCCUAUGAUGGACAAACAUACAUGCAAGUGAAGUAUUUAAAUGCAAACGAAAUCAAUUGGGGAGACACGAAUACGUAUCCUAGUUUUACUGGAACAGAUAGUUUUAUACAUAUUGAUGAUGAGGAAACAAUGAAAAGGCUAUUAAGCUACACAUUGGACAUCAACAUCCGGUUCCGCUCUGUCAGUCCACAUGGUCUGCUGGUGUGGAGCGGCCGCGCGCCCAUGACCGCGCCGGGAGACUUCCUCUCCCUCGCUGUCGAGAACUCGGUGCUGGUGUUCAGAUAUGAUUUAGGCAGUGGAGAAGUAGUGAUCAUAGCAAAUCACACCAAAGUCGACGAUGGAUUAUGGCACAGAGCACGAGCGACAAGAAACAGACAAGCAGGUGUAUUGGAAGUAGACGGACUGGGCUCCGUUGGCAAAAUAUCACCCGGCAAGCUGAAGCAACUGAAUACUGAAAACGGACUUUAUAUAGGAGGCUUGCCAUCAAUAGAAAUGAACACAAUGGGCAAAUACAAGAGCGGUCUCGUAGGAUGCGUGUCUCAAAUAUCACUCAGCGGCGAUUUUGACAUACCGCUGUCACUGUCAAAGCUCCCACACACAAUCACCAACAAUGUAGGCAGAUGCACCCCAUAAAAGUGAGCUAUUCAUUUAAAUGAACCACCACAACUCAUUUAAAUGAACCCAUUCAUUUGUGUUCAUUUAAACGGACACAGCUUCAUUUAAAUGAAUUUACUCGUAAAUGUUCAUUCGUUGUUGCCGCGUUUAAUGAAGUUAUCAGCUCAUUUAAUAGCACUUUAAAUGAAUGUUCAUUUAUUUUGAUAUUAUAUGAACUGGCUUUAUAUGCGUGUAGUGAUAGAUGUGUUUUGAUGGUUAGUUUUCAUUCAUUUGUUAAAUAUGAUUGUAUUGACCCUGAUUGAUUUAAUAACAUUCAUUUUGAUGAUUAUGAAUGACCAAUUAAUUUAAAAACUCCGUACCUACAUAUCAAUGUAAAAAUUAUUAUCGGAGGCAAUAAAGUAUUGUGAAAAUUUUACACUUUUUAACAAUGUUAAUUACCAUCAACACC